AUGUCGACCACGAACACGACGAAAGCCAAGACCACAACCACAGUCACAUCUUCAUGCGAUUCAACAUCUACUUCUGCAUCCAAGCCUACAGCAACAGCAAUACCAGCAACAACAAACGCGGGGCAGCAGGUUCAUACAGCAUGUGUGAUCCCGCCUGUCGGACGGGACAAUCUUCGAUAUGGGAGUUUGGAUGCUGCAGCGAUGAGUGACGAAGGCACUCUCCUGUCCAUGGCAUUGAUUGACAUGACCACAAAGAAGCUCAGGCCCAUGUCGUCCAUGGAGUAUGCCGAAUCCCCUGCGCUGCUCUCCAUACAGACCCAGGUGGGUGUCGUCCCUCACAAGACCAUCCGCAAAAAGACAUCCUUGGCGUCCAAGAUCCGUAAGGUCUUUAUUAAGCAGACCAUGAAUGGCAGUAGCAACGGCAACGACACUGGUAGCAGCAAUGGUAACAGCAGCAAUGGUAGUUUCUCGUCCAAGGACCAAGACGUCGACAUCCUCCAUCACCACCACCACCAUCACUGUUCAAUACAAACGCUGGAGGAUAUCAUGUCCACGUCCAUGUCCCCCUCCUCGCACGAUGGCGAAAAUGAUGUCCAAGGGGGUCUUCUGCGGAAUGGUCGCGGUGGUGCUGGUAUCGGUGUUGGGCUUGGUGCAGCAGGCGAACUAUGCCCUCCUCCUGCUUCGCAUCUGAUUGAGCACCGUGGCUCUGUCUCCUCAUCUAGCUCAGGCGAGUCCGUGUCGGUCGGCCAAGGAGGAGGCCACAGUCCAUGCACCCCUUCCACAUCGCCAGAGAUGUCUCCUUCGGGCUCCCCCAAACCCAAGCAUGCGACAUCUCCCUUAAUCAUUGGGCCAUCUACCGCGAUCGCGGAUGGAGUCCCAUAUGGGCAUCCUCUCUCGCCCGUCGAGAUCAACCGCUUGACGGUGUCCCCUGCUCCCAUUGGACCAUCCAAGCCCGCGGAGAAGCGUAUGAGCCUGGAGCCGACUUCAAGCAGGACGUCCAAGAAGCGCCUUUCGUUUGCCAGCAUCACCUCCUUCUUCAAUGCCCGCAAUGCAGAUGCCAUGGCUGCGUCCAACAAGAAGAAGCAGCAGCGAUCGUCGUCUGUCCCUAAUGUCGAGAGCCCUCUGACUGACGCUGGUCGUCAACAACAAGGCUCUAUUGCGUUCCAAAGGAGGCAUUCUUUGAAUGAUCUGGAGACGGGUCCACAGCUCCAAGCCAAAUUUGCGGCUCCUCCAUGGGACAAGGACCGUGUCUCUGCCCAGGCUGCUGCUGCUGCUGCCGAGUCGUUGAUCAAGGCUACAGAGAGCGAGACUAGCUCUGGCGCAACGACUAUGUCCAAGAUCCAGGGUGUCUUUGGCAAGCAGAGUAAGAAGAACAAGAGUAAGAAGAGUACCAGCCCUGAGAACGCCCCUACUACCACGAUUGUAUCUUCUGCCAAGCCCCUCCGGUCGGCUUUGGCCCACCGACUUGUCAGGGCUCCAUCGGUCCGAAAGUUACUGGUUCACGGCCAUCAGGGAUCCAUCUCCAACUCUGGUCGUCGUCUCCAACAUCACCAGAGUGAGCCCUUGGUCAACCUUUCACAAGAACCUGUCGUCAAUAACAACAACGGCGGUAGCAGACGUAAUUCGGAGGAGCACUCAUACACUGGGCCUACUCGCCACCGUCGCCAGAGCAGUAUUGCUGGUCGCCAGGCUAGUCAGCAAGGCCACUACCCUCAAGUCGAUCGCAAGCAACGUCUCUCUGUCCGGUACUCUAGCUCAGAAGAGUAUGACAUUCACCCUGAUCUCUACACUCUUGACCAGCACCAACAGCAACAGCAACAGCAACAACUCCAACAGCAACAGCAACAGCAACAGCAACAGCAACAGCAACAGCAACAGCUCCAGUACCACGGAGGUUAUAUCCAGUACGACAGCUCCACCGCUCCUCAAACACCACGCAUCAACCCCUUGUUGACAAAGCCCAUGACGCCUCAAGCCAACGAUCCACCCAACUAUCCACUGGUGAACAUCUCCCCCUGCACCUCACGUGGAGCAGUUGCUGAGGGGUCUUUCACCUUUUCCCCUACUGGUUCGCGUCGACGCGACUCUUAUAUUUCCUGCUCCAGCGGCUCACCAUCAAAGGACGCGUCCCCCAAACUCCCGUCUGCAUCGACCCCUAGGCAACAACAGAACUACUCCGGCACUGCUGCCGCUAUCGGCAACCCCCACCGUCGCAGUUCCUAUGACGCCACGACCAACAACCGUCGGAGCUCUUAUGAAGCCAAUAGUCGCCGCAACUCGAUGGUCGUGACCCCCUCCAUCUCGUUGCCCCCACCUCCCAAAUCUGCACCCGUGGCCCGUCUCUCUGUCGACCAUACCCUGAUGUCGGACCACCCAUGUCCUUCCUCGCCUUCGGCCUACCCCCAAGCCAUCGCUGCCAACGGCAAUCGCCAGCAAGCGAUCUUUGCAAACCACCAACAGCAGCAACAGCUCCAGCUUCAACAGCAGUUGCACUACCAGCAGUUCCAACGAACCCAACAACAACAGCAUCAACAACAGCAUCACCACCAUCAUCAGAUGCAAUACGCUCCUGACCACCACCACCAACAUCAUCAUCACUACCAACAACAACAACAACAACAACAACAACAACAACAUCAACAACAACAACAGCAGUUUAUGACCCCCCAUGCUGGAUCCCAAGUCUUCCAUGAACAAUAUCACACCCACCCACAACAACCACAACAACAACAGUCAUACCAGUACCCACCUUACCCAUACCAGUACAACAUGCAACAGCCCCUCCCUUCACACCUGUGCUACACCUCGGUCCAGCACCCAACCCUGGCCUACACCGGUGUCAGCAGUACCAACAGCAUGCAGCCCCCACCACCCCUGCAAUACUCCACCAGCAAAUCCAGUGGUAGCUGCAGUGGAAACGGAAGCGGCGGCAAUCCCUCGCCCACAUCCUGGUCCUCCAUCUCACCCUCCCAGUCCCCUCCAACACCUCCACGUUCCAGUCGCCAAUUCCACUUCUCGACGGCUCCACCCAUGAUCCACGAGACCUGGACGCCGGAGCAAUAUGAUAGGACGUCGGACCCCAAUAUUACUGCCCACAGAUUGACACCCGCGAUUGCUCAAAGGAUCAAGUUGGAGUUGAACCAGUUCAAGUCUCAGGAGAUGUUGGUUCACCAGGAGAGUCGGGUCAACACCCACUUCUUUGCUUAG